AUGCCAGUGUUCAAUGCCGAGAGUACUGGUCAGGAUGUCGUCAAUACAUUCCCAGAGCAGGUCAAGGAUCGUACCAUUGUCAUCACUGGUGCCACUGGCUCAAGUAUUGGGAGCGCAGCAGCAUUGGCCCUUGCCUCAGCAUCUCCACGCAAGAUCAUCCUCGUCAAUCGAAACGCUACAAAAAGCCAAGAACUUAUCCACUUCAUUAAUACGAGUUAUCCUUCGGCUCCAAUCACCCACAUUGUCUGCGAUUUGUCAAGUUUGAAAUCAGUAGAGGAGGCGUCUUUUGAAAUCUCGAAGGAAGCCCCGAGUCUGGAUAUCCUCGUCAACAACGCGGCAACGCCACCAGGUCCAUACUCACAGACAGUAGAUGGUAUCGAAAGCCAAUUCGCCAUCGACUACGUCUCCCAUUUUUUCCUCACUAAUCUCUUGAUGCCAAAUAUCAUCGCUGCCGGACUAGGUGCUCGAGUAGUGAACGUCUCCAGCUCAGCUGCACGACAUCGAACACAGCUUGAUUUCGAAGAUUACAAUUUCUCCAAUGGAGCGAAGUAUACUGCGUUUGACGGAUACACGCAAGCCAAGCUCGCCAUUGUAGUUUUCACCAUUGCUUUGGCAAAACGGAUGGAGAAAUUCCAGAUGCAGUCGUUUUCACUUCAUCCAGGAUCUAUACUCAGUUCUAUGCGCUCGCAAGUCUCAAGUGAUGAUUGGAAAGCAGCUGAGAAGAGGAGAGAAGAGGCUGGAACGAAGACUGAAGGGGUGAAGAAACAGACGGUUGAACAAGGCUGCUCGACAAUGUUGGUUGCGGCACUGGAUCCGGAGCUCGCUGACCACUCGGGAAGCUACCUUAGUGAUGGAGUUAUUUCUACCGAGGCAAUACAUGCUCUUGACUCCGGUGCAGAUGAAGCUGCAGAGAAGCUCUGGAAAAUCACUGAGAAGUUGGUUGGGAGAGAGUUCACUUGGAGUUAA